AAUACAAUCUAACGGCUGGUUGUGAGUGAGCAGUUACCAACACAUGGGCUAGGAGAGGGUUCUCAAGACGGUUCUGUCUACUCAAAAUUCUUUAUUCUUUUCUUGUUGAGAAGUUGGGUUCCUGCCAUUUUUAACUUUUUAUAUUUUAUUUAAAGAGAAACUAGUGAAUUGAAAAUGAGAUUAAAUAUUGCCAUCUUCUUUGGGGCUCUAUUUGGUGCUUUAGGGGUUUUACUCUUUUUGGUGGCUUUUGGAUCAGACUAUUGGCUUCUUGUGACUGAAGUGGGGAAGUGUUCAGAAGAACAGAAUAUAGAGAAUGUCACUUUUCACCAUGAAGGAUUCUUCUGGAGAUGUUGGUUUAAUGGUAUGGUGGAAGAAAAUAAUUCAAAUAUCUGGAAGUUCUGGUACACCAAUCAACCACCAUCCAAGAACUGCACACAUGCUUACCUGUCUCCAUAUCCUUUCAUGAGAGGCGAGCACAAUUCUACCUCCUAUGACUCUGCAGUUAUUUACCGUGGUUUCUGGGCAGUCCUGAUGCUCCUGGGGGUAGUUGCUGUGGUUAUUGCAAGCUUUUUGAUCAUCUGUGCAGCCCCCUUCGCCAGCCAUCUUCUCUAUAAAGCCGGGGGAGGCUCGUACCUUGCUGCAGGCAUCCUGUUUUCCUUGGUGGUGAUACUGUAUGUUAUCUGGGUCCAGGCAGUGGCUGACAUGGAAAACUACAGAAACAUGAAAAUGAAAGACUGCUUGGAUUUCACACCUUCUGUUUUCUAUGGCUGGUCAUUUUUUCUGGCCCCAGCAGGGAUAUUUUUUUCUUUGCUCUCUGGAUUACUUUUUCUCGUUGUUGGACGGCAUAUUCAGGUACAUCACUAAUCAAACUGUUGCCACUGAGGUUUUCUUGGGAUAUUUUAAGAGAGCAUAUUUUAUUUUUAUUUGUUCAGGGAUCCUAGCAUAGAAUUAAUUGAUGCAAAUUUUCAGUUGCUAUUUGAAUUAAUCAUUUUACCUGUGACUUUUCUCUAAUAAGAAGAUUUUAGAAUCUCUUCAGACAUCAACAUGUUUCCAUCUAUUCAAGUGCUAUCAAGAACCUAUUUUUUUAGGGAGCAGGUAACAUGGCUUCCUUGCAUUGCACUUGUUAGGGUUUACACAGGUUACAAAUAUAUAAAGGUGUAAUAAUAGCAUAUUACUAUCAGCUGGGGCAAAUCAAGAUUUGAUUUGAAGCCUCCCUCUUGGCACUCACUUCUGUUGCUACUUUAAAAAUAAUAUUUGUAGAAUAAUUAAGAAUGGGUAAAAUGUCAAGGAAUUUUCUCCAUUUUCUCUCCACACACAUUCAUAUGACUCCACACAUAUGACUUCUGUGAGCAAGUUAUUCAUUUAAAAAGAGGUAGCAGUUGUUCUUGUAGUGAGAGCCAUAUGAAUUCAUCAGUUAAAAUGGGCCACAACAAAACCUUUUCCACUUUCUUAUCAACAGUAGUUUGAUCACCUAAUUUAUUCACUUAAUUGUGCAUGCUUACAUAACACUGAACUACAUUUAAAAGUAGCAAGUCUGUACAUCAAAAUACAUAUAAUGCAGAUUGGAUUUUUAGAACUUAAGGUGGGUUAAUUAUAUAUUUAAUAUGGUUGAAAAUAUGUAAAGCCAAGAACCUUAGCUUAUUGCAUAAUUCUAUUUGAUAUUUUAAAUUUCCCAUUUAAAAUUAUAUUGCUACUAUGUUCAGCUUAUGAAAAUUUAUUGAUUAAAUGUUUUUAAUAUGCACAAAAUACUUCCAUAUGAGAGUUGAUAGCCUCAUUUUAUUGAAGUCUAUGAAAUAAUAACUUUUUCAAGAUUUUAUGGGUAGUAGUUCUUUCGAUGAUUUGAUUCCCUUAAUUAUUGUCCCUCAAUUUCUUCAUCUUUACAACAGGAAUUAAACAUUUAUAAAUUUUCUAUUUCCUUUAACCUCUUUGGAAAAAAAAAGCUUGUCCUUUUGCAAGGGGUGGGGAUAGAAUAAUUCUGUAUAGACACUCUACAUAUCAAAGAUGUUUGCUUGGCACUAACUUUGGUUGAGAUCAAAUCCGUCUGGCCAUUUUCUCAUUUUGGUAACCUCCACCAUGGAGGAGUUUGUGUUCAUGAAGGAACAAAGUCCAGCAUGGUGUAAGCUUUUACCAGGAGCAGCAUUUCACUGCACAGCUGGGGUAGAUACAGAGGCAGGACUCAGAGACAGACUGAGUGGCACCUAGGAGAUUCUGUGGAGUAAAAGUACCGUGCUUCCUUCCAGCUGGCCCAUGGUGAUAGAUUGCCACGGUCUUCUCCACAAAGCUUGUAUUUCCCAUUAGCCUUGUUUCAACUGGAGGGAUUUCUGGAAGAAGAGAAAAGGCCUGAGGUAUCUCCAGAAUCAUGAGUGACAUUUUAGUGUUUAGGGUCAGAUAGGACUUGCAUAUAGUAAAAACAAAGAAACAAAAUAAAAAUACAAAAAAACUUUUGGACUUUUAACUGGUUUCUCAAGCCACUUCAUUUGUAUUAUAAAAAAUUUGUGGUACUUUCAUUUGUCGUUUUCUGUUUCAUUUUUAUAUUGUUUCAUUUAGUUAUUUGCUUUUGGCUUGAUGAUUAGAAAAAUAAUUGUGGGUUUCACUCUACAUAUUGACUGUGAUAUUAAAUUGUGGCAUGCCAUUAAAUUCUCCAGAUGAUGUUAGCUGUAUUUGAUUAAUUCAUGUCAUCUGUAAAUACAAUUCCGUUUUGUAGAACUUUGGAAUGGAGCCUUUUUCUGGUGUAUUUUAUGUCACUUAAAUUUCACAUACAAGUUGCUUUCAGUAAAGGUUUGAAUAUUUAUAAAUUUCAGACAGUUACUCUCACUUUCUAAUGUACUCAUGAGGCUACCAUAUACUUAUCAUAAGGCAAUUGUCUGAAUAUUUGAUGUGCAUGACACUUUUACACAGAUCCACAUUUUAGAAGUAUUCUGUGGCUGCAAUGCAUCAAUUAUAUUAAUUCUAAUGCAUUUCCUGAUCUACCACCAGCAACUGCAGAAGGGAGAAAAUUGAGUUGUGUUUACUUUCAUGAGUAAAAUAUACUUAAAAA